GGCUCGGGCUCGGGCGGGGCGCCGGAGGUGACGGCGCUGGCGCCGCUGAUGGUCCCCGAGCACGUCCCGCACGUGCCGCUCAUCGCCGUCGCCAGGAACCCGGUCUUCCCCCGCUUCAUCAAGAUCAUCGAGGUGAAAAACAAGAAGCUGAUCGAGCUCCUCAGGAGGAAGGUCAGCCUGGCCCAGCCGUAUGCGGGAGUCUUCCUCAGGAAGGAUGACAACAACGAAUCAGAUGUGGUGGAGAACCUGAAUGAGAUCUACCAGAUGGGGACUUUUGUCCAGAUCCAUGAGAUGCAGGACCUGGGUGACCGCCUGCGGAUGAUUGUCAUGGGCCACCGGAGGAUCCGGAUCAACAGGCAGCUGGAUGUGGAGGCCGAGGAGGCUGAGGGCAGGCAGGGCAAGGCCCGCCGGAAGCUGAAGCGGUCCAGGCGAGAGUCGGGGGAGCCUCCGGAGGCCACGGAUCCAGCGCCCGAGGUAGUGGUGGAGGCCGCCCCGGCCGAGGUGCUGAUGGUGGAGGUGGACAACGUGGCCCAUGAGGAGUUCCAGGUCACUGAAGAGGUCAAAGCCCUGACAGCAGAAAUUGUCAAGACGAUCCGGGACAUCAUUGCCCUGAAUCCCCUUUACAGAGAGUCGGUGCUCCAGAUGAUGCAGGCUGGACAGCGGGUGGUCGACAACCCGAUCUACCUGAGUGACAUGGGGGCAGCGCUGACGGGGGCCGAGUCGCACGAGCUGCAGGACAUCCUGGAGGAGACAAAUAUUCCAAAGCGCCUCUACAAAGCGCUCUCGCUCCUCAAGAAGGAGUUCGAACUGAGCAAGCUGCAGCAGCGCCUCGGGCGAGAGGUGGAGGAGAAGAUCAAGCAGACCCACCGCAAGUACCUGCUGCAGGAGCAGCUCAAGAUCAUCAAGAAAGAGCUCGGCCUGGAGAAGGAAGACAAAGACGCCAUCGAGGAGAAGUUCCGGGACCGCCUGCAGGAGCUCGUGGUGCCCAAGCACGUCAUGGAGGUGAUCGAGGAGGAGCUGAACAAGCUGGGCCUUCUGGACAACCACUCCUCCGAGUUCAACGUCACACGCAACUACUUGGACUGGCUGACCUCCAUCCCAUGGGGCAAGUGCAGCGAGGAGAACCUGGACCUGUCCAGAGCCCAGGCCGUCCUGGAGGAGGACCACUACGGCAUGGAGGACGUGAAGAAGAGGGUGCUGGAGUUCAUCGCCGUCAGCCAGCUGCGGGGCUCCACCCAGGGCAAGAUCCUCUGCUUCUACGGCCCCCCCGGCGUCGGCAAGACAAGCAUCGCACGUUCCAUAGCCCGCGCCCUCAACCGGGAGUACUUCCGCUUCAGUGUCGGUGGAAUGACAGACGUGGCGGAAAUCAAAGGGCACAGGCGGACAUACGUGGGAGCCAUGCCAGGAAAGAUCAUCCAGUGCCUGAAGAAGACCAAGACGGAGAACCCGCUGAUUCUGAUUGAUGAGGUGGACAAGAUCGGGCGGGGGUUCCAAGGGGACCCCUCCUCGGCACUGCUGGAGCUGCUGGACCCCGAGCAGAAUGCCAACUUCCUGGACCACUACCUUGAUGUCCCCGUGGACCUCUCCAAGGUUCUCUUCAUCUGUACGGCCAAUGUGGUGGAGACAAUCCCAGAGCCCCUGCGGGACAGGAUGGAGAUGAUCAACGUCUCGGGCUACGUUGCGCAGGAGAAGCUCGCCAUAGCAGAGCGGUAUUUAGUCCCGCAGGCCCGGGUCCUGUGCGGGCUGGAUGAGAGCAAGGCCAGCAUCUCCUCCGAUGUGCUAACAGUCCUCAUUAAGCAGUACUGCAGAGAAAGUGGCGUGAGGAACCUCCAGAAGCAAGUGGAAAAGGUGCUCCGGAAAUCGGCAUACAAGAUUGUCAGUGGAGAAGCAGAGAAGGUGGAGGUGACCCCUGAAAACCUGCAGGACUUUGUGGGGAAGCCCAUCUUCACCGUGGAUCGGAUGUACACCGUGACACCCCCUGGCGUGGUGAUGGGCCUCGCCUGGACAGCCAUGGGUGGCUCCACUCUGUUUGUCGAGACAUCCCUCCGGCGCCCCAAGGAGAAGGACAACAAGGACGGUUCUCUCGAGGUGACAGGCCAGCUGGGAGAUGUGAUGAAGGAGAGUGCCAAGAUCGCCUACACCUUUGCUCGGGCCUUCCUGAUGCAGAAGGAUCCUAGCAACACCGAUUUGCUCACCUCCCACCUCCACCUCCACGUGCCAGAGGGCGCAACCCCGAAGGAUGGGCCCAGCGCUGGCUGCACCAUCGUGACGGCCCUGCUGUCCUUGGCGAUGGGUCGGCCUGUGAGGCAGAACGUGGCCAUGACCGGUGAGGUGUCCCUGACAGGGAAAAUCCUCCCCGUGGGAGGCAUCAAGGAGAAGACCAUCGCGGCCAAGCGAGCCGGCGUCUCCUGCAUCAUUCUCCCAUCAGAAAACAGAAAAGAUUUCAGCGACCUUGCCGAGUUCAUCAGAGAAGGACUUGAAGUACAUUUUGUUGAGCACUAUAAUGAAAUAUUCGACAUUGUUUUUCCGAAGCUCGAUUCCCCAGGAGGCUGAAGAGCAGCCGCGGCAGCUUCUGUUGCCUCGGAAGCAGGGAAGUGUGGGCUCUGCAGGCGGACGCAGCUGCUGCCCGGCUGUUCCACUUUCAUGCUGCCUUCGUCACUGAACCGUAGUGCACACCAAAUGAUCUGAAUUAUGAACUAAUUAAAAUCAUUUCCUGCUGGGAGGAUUUCAGAAAGUGUCUCUUCUGAAAGUGUGGAAUGAAGUUUUCUUAUGGCAGCGUGUAAAUGCAGCUGCUGCCGCCUAGGUGAGGGUUCCUCCUCGAAAUACUGACCGCAGGAAAUGCCUGCCUCGCCCUUUGGCCCUCAAGGCAGCUCUUAAAUCAAGAAAGGACAGCCACAUCA